CCCUUAGGGAAUCCGCAGUGACUGCUACUCACAAAGCCUGGUCCGAGGAAUAAUGCGCUCCCACCCAGGUCUCCCAGAAAGCCCGGGUGUGGCUUGAGACUGGAAUCCCUACAGCGGUCGCCCCUUGAAGAUCCUGCCUGAAUCCAUCCGGGCCCUGUUUAGCUCUGGGAAUUGGCUUUGCUGGGAACCUAGCUCUUUCUCGAGGGUGACUUGGCUGGUAGGCAGACCCGCGCGCUCUGCUCCCACGAGCGCAAAUUCCGCGGGAGAAAGCGUACGCGCGGCCCUGCGGUUCCGUGCUCUCCGAGGUUCGCACUCCCAGACCGCCCUCUCCAGGUGACUAUGGUGCAACCUGUUCUAAGGGAGACACGGAGGAUCCCCACACCACCCCUGAGAUUCUACCGGCUUGCCUCUGUGCGACAACCGCAGCUGCAGUCGAGCAUGUGGAGCUGAGCUGAAUUCAGAUAAACGAAGCUCCAGGGCCACUUCGGUCUCAGCAAAUAUUCCAGACCCAUGUUACCUAGCCAGAACUCCUAGAAACUGGAGCUAGCGGUAUCCCAUAGAUGGGCGGCCAAGUUGAGAGUCACUGCCGGUCAGCUGCAGCGCCCAUUCGCCCAGCGUCCCUGCCUUGAGCUUCGAAGGCUGAGCCACACUUAGCUAACCAUUUCAGCAAAGACUAGUCACAGACUCGUGAAUUUCUAAUUGCGUGGAUGCACAGGAUGGAUCAGAGUGCACAGAGAAGCGGAUUUUUGUAAUUUCUGGUGGCUUUCACAGCAUGUCCUUUUAAACCUUUGGAAGGUGUCCCCAGAAGCCCAGAGCGCGCCUGGCCAUGUCUCCUUUAAUGCUCUGUUCCUCAACGUGGCCCUCUGAGGGUUCCCAGAGCUGCUCCAGGCGGUUUACAACAGGUGUGUUCUCUCCCUCCCCCAGCCCAACCCAGCCCGCAGGAUUCCCCCAAGCGGAGAUUUUUUGACUUGGCUUCCUCAGGCUCACGUUUCCGCCCUCCGCCAGAGGGUGGCCGUCCAAAGCCCGACCUUGCCCCCUCCCUGGGACCAUGGUGCUUCUUUCUGAAAAUGCUUCUGAAGGCUCCAACUGCACCCACCCGCCAGCACAGGUGAACAUUUCUAAGGCCAUUCUACUUGGGGUGAUCUUGGGGGGCCUCAUCAUUUUCGGGGUCUUGGGGAAUAUUUUAGUGAUCCUCUCGGUGGCCUGUCAUCGGCAUCUGCACUCGGUGACUCACUACUACAUUGUCAACCUGGCUGUGGCAGACCUCCUCCUCACCUCCACCGUGCUGCCCUUCUCUGCCAUCUUUGAGAUCCUGGGCUACUGGGCCUUUGGCAGGGUGUUCUGCAACAUCUGGGCGGCGGUGGACGUCUUAUGCUGCACAGCGUCCAUCAUGGGCCUCUGCAUCAUCUCCAUCGACCGAUACAUUGGUGUGAGCUACCCGCUGCGCUACCCCACCAUUGUCACCCAGAGGAGGGGCGUCAGGGCUCUGCUCUGCGUCUGGGCGCUUUCCUUGGUCAUCUCCAUCGGACCCCUGUUCGGCUGGAGGCAGCAGGCUCCGGAGGAUGAGACCAUCUGCCAAAUCAAUGAGGAGCCAGGAUACGUGCUGUUCUCAGCGCUGGGCUCUUUCUACGUGCCACUGACCAUCAUCCUGGUUAUGUACUGUCGAGUCUACGUGGUAGCCAAGAGAGAAAGCCGAGGCCUCAAGUCCGGCCUCAAGACCGACAAGUCAGACUCAGAGCAAGUGACGCUCCGUAUCCACCGUAAAAAUGUCCCUGCAGAAGGCAGCGGAGUAAGCAGUGCCAAGAAUAAGACUCACUUCUCCGUGAGGCUGCUCAAGUUUUCCCGAGAGAAGAAAGCCGCCAAGACGCUGGGCAUUGUGGUGGGAUGCUUCGUCCUCUGCUGGCUGCCAUUCUUCCUCGUGAUGCCCAUUGGGUCCUUCUUCCCGAAUUUCAAGCCACCGGAAACAGUUUUCAAAAUAGUAUUUUGGCUUGGGUACCUAAAUAGUUGCAUCAACCCUAUCAUAUACCCAUGCUCCAGCCAGGAGUUCAAGAAAGCCUUUCAGAAUGUGCUGCGAAUCCAGUGUCUUCGCAGAAGGCAGUCUUCCAAGCAUGCCCUGGGCUACACUCUGCACCCACCCAGCCAGGCUGUAGAGGGGCAGCACAGAGGCAUGGUGCGUAUCCCGGUGGGCUCAGGAGAGACUUUCUAUAAGAUCUCCAAGACAGAUGGAGUCCGUGAAUGGAAGUUUUUCUCUUCCAUGCCCCAGGGAUCGGCCAGGAUUACCAUGCCGAAGGACCAAUCCGCCUGUACCACAGCCCGGGUGAGAAGUAAAAGCUUUUUGCAGGUCUGCUGCUGUGUGGGGUCGUCGACCCCACGCCCUGAAGAAAAUCACCAAGUUCCAACCAUUAAGAUCCACACCAUCUCCCUCGGUGAAAACGGGGAGGAAGUCUAGAGGAUGGGAAAGGUCACAGGAAAAGGGAUGACACUAGGUACUGUUGAUUUUCCCACUCGGAAGGCCAGGUCCAUUCAACAAGGGGACCAUCUGGGGAAGGGGAGAAGGAGGGUACCUGUUUAUCGGGUGAGCGGGUAGGGCACAGGGGAAGAGGCGGGAUGUAGGGCUAACUAACUGCUUCUAAAGGACGGGCGGCCAGUUUCCCUCAGUCUUUCUCUGAUCCUGCCUUCCACUGCUGACCCUUUCAACAAGAAAUACCAUGGGAAAGAAAAUCUCAUACACAAUCCAGAAGACUAUAAAUACAGGAUGAUGAUUUCAUUGUGAAUAUUUUGAGCACACACUCUAAGUUUGGAGCUAUUUCUUGAUGGAAGGGAGGGGACUUUAUUUUCAGGCUGAACCUACUAGCGACUACAUUUGACAUUUAUGGAGAGGGGACCUAGACAGAAAGGAGUGCAAGGUAAUGACCAACAUGCUUUUAGAGCAAGUUGGACCACACCAUAUUCUCAGCUUUGGGUGAAACUGGUCAGGGGGGCUUCCCAAUGGUUGCUCUCUGACUGGUUCCUUAGCCCCAUUUGAAACUGGAGUGCAUUUUCCACUCUUGGAUCUGAGGAGUGUGGCCAGGACUAACCAAGGACAGCAUGCUUUUAUCAAGAGAAUAAGGUGUGCCUGGGACAGCACUUCCCAGAACUGGUGAAGGAAGGCUCCCUCUUUUAUCUCCCUUAAGGAGCAAGAGGCUGGGAUGGGAUGGAUACUAACGCCCUGCUAAUGCCCUGCUUAUUCCGCAUCCUCUUUGAUGUGACGAGCUACUCACCUUGCCUAGAACUCCAUAAUGGAAAUCCAGGCAUGGCAGAAUGCUGGCUUCCAUUUCCUUCCACUCUGUGUCGUGAAUGGAGUUCAUUUGUGGCAUGAAGAAUGAGUCUUAGGGUCCAGGUGCACCCCCGCCUGAGCUUCCAAACAUAUUGAUGCCUACCCUCAAACACUUUAAUUCAUUGCCAAACAACUGCCAAAAUUGAUUCCUACUUUUUGCAAAACCUGGGAAGAUGUGCUCUUUUCUUUCUUUCUUUCUUUCUUUCUUUCUUUCUUCCUUCCUUCCUUCCUUCCUUCCUUUCUUUUUCUUUUUUUUCUUUCUUUCUUUCUUUUUUUUUUUUUUUGCUUUUGCUUUAUAUAUGCCAAAUCCUUGCAUUCUUAGUAAUCCAGAUUAUUGCAAGUGGUGCCUAGGCUAAUCACAUGUAAAAACUAAACUAUACCUGCCAUUCCACUGUAAAAAUUGUAAGAUAAGGUGUUUGUCUGUGGCACCAACCCUAACAAGAAUCACAACUACCAAUGCUUUUUAUAACGUCUUCCCCUGCUCACCUAAUUUCUCCUAAGAGCUUCCGAGCUGGUUGAAGCUACCAUGAAAUCUUCUCAGUGAGGCUCCUGGCCUUCCCUUCCCAACUUUCCUUUCCUCCGUUACAUCAGAUGGAACUCUCUUCUAUCGGCCUAAGGGUAAAUCUCUACCCACUUUGCAAUGGAGGAGCUGUGUGCAUUGGCUGUGGCGGCUGUGGUUGGUUGUCUUGGAACUUUGACUAUGACCUGCUUUCUCUACCUUUUCCUGGACCCUGUCUUCUCAUUGGCCAGCUAGGUCGUUACUCAGCCUUGCGUUCUGAACUUGGCUUCUGUCACUAAAAGUUGGCUGGGAUUCUAGGCUCUUGGGCUCUUUGCAUAGCUCUUAACAGCUCUAACAGAUGUGGGUGUGUUGACAUCUGGAGAGACCUCCAGGACACAAACCUGGUUCAUUUUCUCUAUAGGCUUCGCUGUUCACAAUAUCAUACUUCUAAAUCUGAAUUCUAAAACCCAUUCUUGGUCGUGUCAUUCCCUCAUAAAAGGGCAUCUUGACGGGAAUAGGGAUCUUAGCUCUUCUUCAGCGGGGUACCAUUCCAUGUUACUGAUCAUCAUUAAAUCCCUUGAUAAUAAAAUGUAAAUGUUAAAAGUGAGAAAGCUCGGGAAUACUAAAAAAGCCACCGUUGGCACCGUUGCUAAUGAGGAAAAGGAAAAAAAAAACCAACUAGAAAAUGAGUUGUCAGAUAAAACCUUGACAAUCAUACCUUGUAAAGUUCCCCCAUAAACCAUUGCCUGCACACUCUGCUGGCACUCCUCCCUCCAACAGCCAAAUACCUAACAGCUUUUUCCACUCCCACAGCAGGACACUAGAUAGAAACACACCAACUUUAUAAGAAAUUGAUAAUGUCGCCAAAACAUAGUGUCAAGCACGGGAUAAACAACUUAAAAGUGAACUUGUGUUUAAUCAUCCACCAGAAAUGCCUGUACCGUUGAGUGUGCCAAAAACCGAAGUGGCUGCAGCCAAACAAAUGAUUGUCAUAUUUAUAUUCACGUGUUUACUGUUUCUAUUUGGAGUUUGAGGAAUUUACCCAGAGUAACCUCAGUUAGAAUGUCCUCUUCUCUGUGUUCUAGAAAACGAUCGCUUUAGGAUUGUCCCUAUGUCACAAAAUCAAUCCGACAUUAUGGUAGCAAAUUUUGAGUCUCAUCUUACAUUCAGACUGUGUGUACGAAGAGGGACCUUGAAUCUCUUUGCUUGAAAACUUUCUCCAGGGCAUCAGACCUGCCGUUCAGUUGGUGGAGUGCUUGCCUGGUAUACACUUGCCCCGCAGCACCUAAUUUCUGAGUGGUGGCUCACGACUGUAAACUCAGCUUUCAGGAAGUGCAAACAGGGGGAUCAAGAAUUCAAGGUCGUCCUUGAAUACUUAGUAAGUUUGAGCCAGCCUAGACUACUCGAGACUCUGUCUCAAAAAAAUAAAUAAAUAGAUAGAUCCAGGCUAUCCACUGUGAAAAAAGAACUUUCCUUUCCAUAGGCUCAUCUACGACUGCUUCUGCGUGGAAUCCCUCUGCAUUUGACACCCUGCAUUUGCAGAGCAGCAAGGCUUCUGGUGCUCCUCCAGGAUUGCCAGACAUGGUUUAUAUGAACACUUAGGAAGAAUGCCUCUUCAAAAACCUAUACAAACAAAAACCUACACAUUCCAGCUUUUAUUUUACAACUUAGCAAGAACAGAAGAGGCUGGCGGCAUCCCACCAGGGAUUGCAGGCCAUGUACUGGGCAUGUUAAUUUUCAUGGAUGCCACUCAGAGAGGAAGGCUCCGAAUGCUGGCCUCCAGGUAGCCAGAGACAGGCCAUUGAUACGCAGCUGUACAUUUUAGCUUGCUUCCUUUUCUAUAUGAAUCAUCAAGAAGACCUCCUAGACCAGCAGGUUUUGGGGCGAAAGCCUGGGAGCGAAACUUUUUUAGGAACUAUUUUCUUGAGCAGGUAAUUGUUCCUGCGUUAAUCACUGUUCCCUAAUCACCACUAACAAACAUUCCUAAUUGCUUCUCGGGAGAGCUCUGUCCCCAUCCUCUUGCCAAAAUAUGAUGCUGCCUCUUCAAUGAAUGCCUGCUGACUUAAUUAGGGAAGAGACUGGCUCCUCAGCGAAGGGAAAAGUGAACAGGUGGAUGUUUAAGCAAGCAGAUGAAAGGCAAGCGAAAACCAGAGAGACAAGAGAAGAGAGGGGUAGCAGAUACACAGGCAUCAGAUAUACUCACUAUCACUAUGGUCUCUUUUUUACACUACCAGGGCUUUUAUCCAUGAAACCACCUGUGCGACAGACAGACCCAGUUGGAACACUUCACCAGCUUUGGGCCUCCAAACUGAUGCUGAGGAGCUGGCUGAGGCCACAUCUUCCAAAAGCCAUGGCAACAGUGGCCUCUGGCCCUCCAAGGUCCCUGCAGGAUGAAGGAGUGAACUUGACUGUUGGGGGUCUGGGCUGGGAAGCAAGCUAGGAUUUCAGCAUAUAAUGUUGGCCCCUGGGCAAAGGUGGCAUUGGCAGGGUCCCCUUCAUGUUUCCCAGACCCUAUGGCAUACGAGUGAGCUGAGAAAUAGGCUUACUUGCUCUCUGUAGGAGAAUGUCAUGGUUCAAAACACCACUGCCAAACUUACAAAGGCCGUAGGAGUGGCAGGGACCAUGAAAGGGGAAAAUUGACCAAAGCUGUGGCUCAAAGCAGGGAGUUUAGUCACGAUUUCCCGUGACUGGUAAGCAAGCAACUGCCCUGAAACUGGAGGUUUAUUCAUUUCAGAGGGGGAGAUAAUGGCCUUUUCUUUCAUAUGGCUUGGGAGUUCUUGCCACACUGUCCCUGUAGCACACUCAGAGCCAUCUCACUAUAAGCUGGAGGUGAUGGUUUGUUAAGCCAUGAAAAUACAGACUUAAGUGAUAAAAAAAAAAUCUUAGUGUAACUUAGCAUUGCAUUUAGAGAAAAGAAUAUGAUGAUCAUCCUGGUCUAUGAAACAGGCUGAAUAAAAUAAGUGUAUGUGAACAUCAUAGGGAAUUAAGACAGAAAUUCCAAUGUGAAUUUAAUUUACUGUGCCUCACCACAUGCUUAUCAAAUCUUUCUUGGCUCAUUCCUGUGUAGGAGAAGAAAAGGAAGGAGUUUUGGGUUUUUUUUUUGUUUGUUUGUUUUUUCUUUUUUGAAUCUACUUUUGGUAUGUGAAGAAAUAGAAGUUAUGAGUCAAGGACUUCUUUGAACACCCUCAUAUUUAAUCUGUCUCGGAGAUGCUUCCAUGUCCCCCAGUGUCCGCUGUGUAUUUUGACUCACUGACUUUCAUAGUGAACUGCUUCAGUUUAACUCCAGAUCUGUCUGGACCUUCUCCCCUCCCAUCCUGGCCAACCACUGGGAAGAACUUGUUUUCUUGGCUAACAGACAGGCACAUGUCAUUUUGUUCUGUCGCCAUAGAUAAGCUGCUACAAAGCCAGGGGAGAGUCAGGGCAAGAGUUGAUUUGCUCAAUAGUGUGACAUGUAAGGUCAAAACCAGCUGUGACUGUCACCCUGAGGUUCCCAAAGGAAACCUGUGGGCCAUUGGGUACACUCUGACCAGCAGCCCCAGAUGGCCCCUCUUCACUGCACCACCCUGGUAUGAAACCAAAGAGGGUAAUGACAGUCCCCAGUGUAUGAGCUGGCAGGGUUCUGUGUUCGUCUGCUCAGAAGUCAAGAAUGUGUUUUUCCAAGAGGCAUUGUUACAAAUGGGGGUUGGGGGGUUGUUCCUAAAGAAGCCAAAAGUAAAUAACUAAAUACCUGUUUUAUGUAUACCAGGAGUUGGCCUGCUAUUUCCAUGAAUGAGAAACAUUUUAGGCAUGAUAAACUGUAUGGUCUCUGUUUUGGCUCUGGCAGGAGGCCAUGGACAGUCCUUUAAAAAUAUAGAGUCAUCGAUAGCUCAAAAGACAGGUUUAUCCAAUGGGACACAAUUUUUCAUCCCUGAUGCAAACCACUUGGAAUGGUUUCUGAAGAACUCAACCUCUCAUGGUCUGGACAUCUUUCAUGUGCUCUCUAAGUCAGCUUUGCUUCUCCAUCAUGGUCUUGUGUCUCUUAUUUUUGUCUUUUGUUUUUGUUUUUUUUCAUAUAAACUUUCCCUCCUAAGAGUUCCUUAAACUCUUUCAAGGCCUUGAUGAACUCAUAAAUUAAACUCAGUUCCCCCUUUACCUUGAACAAUGACUAAUCCAUCGGGUGACAAAUCCCAGGCUAAUGAUCCACGGGGCUGCUGUUGUCUCCAACGUUCUGUUUCUUGUUCCUCGAAACACACAUCGUCCUGUGCGCCCCCUGGAACUUGGGAUUGCCCUUUUCAUGGUCCCUGCCAUUGAACUUGAUGGAAAACUUCCGCUCUGAAGAAUCUUCCCCAACAUGGGUGUUCCAGUUUUUGCCAGGAGCUUCGGCCUUUAUAUCCCUGUGUUCAUUUAUCGGGUGCAUUUUUACACAGUUCUGCGGGCUUGCCCAGCUUCAGCAACAUUCACUGGCUUCAUCGCAGUCCUGGAUGCUAGAAGUCCAAAAUCAAGGCUUUGGUUUCCUGCCGUGAUCCCUACCCCAGAACCUCUUGGGCAGGAGAUGUCUCUGGUCUCACUAUCUCCAUCACAUUGCAGUGCCUUGUCUAGAGUGUCACAUCUUUAGCAUUAGUCCAAUCUAGAAAUGAGGAAAAGAAAAUGUAUUGUGGGAUCAAAACCUACAGAAGUGUUCAGAGGCAGAAGCCAUCCCAAGACAGGUCUGAAAGGGUGGGUCUCUGUCUUGAUGGAUCCACUAAAGAUAUCUGGUUUGUUGUUGUUGUUGUUUCAUCCUCUCUGAUCAAAAUCUGAGUAUGGGAUAAUGACUUCUCAACAUGCAAUGUCUCCCCUUCCUAGUCCCUGUGUCAUACCACAAGUGACAGUGGUUGUAAAAAGCAGAGGCACGGGCACAUUAACAAACAGUAAGCCCACGUGCAGAAACUUUCUACUAUAGAAGAGGUGCUCAAAAUCCAGCUGAUAAGGGCUGGAGAGAUGGCUCAGCAGUUAAGAGCACCAACUGUUCUUCCAGAGGUUCUUAGUUCGAUUCCCAGCAACCACAUGGUUGUAAUGAGAUCAGAUUCCCUUUUCUGGUGUGUCUGAAGAUAGCAACAGUGUAUUCACAUACAUUAAAUAAAUAAGUAAAUAAGUAAAUAUAUAAAUAAAUAAACUUUUUUUAAAGAUCCAGCUGAUAAAAUAGGAACGCUAUUGACUUAGUGUUUUAAUUCUGUGAACAAACACUAUGACCAAGGCAACUCUUAUAAGGAAAACAUUUCAUUGGGGCUGGCUUACAGGUUUUGAGGUUCAGUCCAUUAUCAAGGUGGGAAUAUGGCAGCAUCUUGGCAGGCAUGGUGCAGGAGGAGCUAAGAGUUCUACAUCUUCAUCUGAAGGCUGCUAGUGGAAGAUUGACUUCCAGACAACUAGGGUGAGAGUCUUAAGUCCACGCCCACAGUGACACACCUACUCCAACCAGGUCACACCUAUUCCAACAAGGUCACACCUCCAAAUGGUGCCACUCCCUGGUCCAAGAAUAUACAAACCAUCACAGCUAUUAAGAAGGGUGACCUGCAAGUACCUUAGAUACUUAGUAGCAAUUUAUUGCCAGUUUCCUACAAACUUGUUUUUGUUUUGUGGGGUUUUUUUUUAGAGUGAACCCCUUACUGGGGAACAAGUUAAUUAAAAGAUAGAGACCUUGCUUGCUCUCACCUCCAUUCCUGGCAGCCAGCCUGACUCUUGCCUUCCUAGAUUGAGUACCGCACCCAACCCUCAUCCCUAACUUCAAGUGAGAGCAGGAGGUCUGCUAGAGCCAUCCUGUCUCAGCUUCGAAAGCCCACAUCAAAAUGCAUGCUUUCCUCAUCAGAGGUGAAGGAAGAGAAUCUGUAUUCUCUGGACCUGACAAGUUACAAACAGCAUCCUUUCAGUUAUAACUAUGGUGACCUAACCCAAGCUUGCAGACACCAAGAUCAUCUCACGCCUUCCUGUGACUCAGAUGGAUGGUGCAGAAGGAAGGCUUAAGUCGUGAAAAGUCGAUUUUGUAGGUCUGUGAGGGUUAAGCCAACUUGUGAAGUCUUUGCCUUGCAAGCAUCAAGAAUUCCCUAGAAACCAUGAAAGAAAAAAGGAAGAGAAAACUGACAGGAAGGAAGGAAGAAAUCAAGGAAAGGAAGGGAUCACAGCUCCCAGCACUGAGGGGCAGACAGGUGGAUCUCUGGAGCUCGCUGGCUGGCCAGCCUAGUCAAAGCACUGAGUUCCAGGUAAAGGUGAGAGACUAUACCUAAAAGACAAGGUAGCCUGCUCCUGAGAGACACUUCCUGAGGAAAUUCUCUUGCCUACACACAUACACAUGCAUAGCUAUAUUUUUAGAACACAUGCUCCAAGCUAAGCCCUUUAACACUCUUUGAAAUGAUAGCAUACUAACGGUUGAGACUUUAUAGUCACACUGUAAAUGAAAGAGUCUCACAGAGAGCUGGCAUGAAGAUGUGGGCAUCUGGAGAGAGGGGAAGGUCUGCAAGGAGUUUGAGAGAUAGAAGCCUGAGACUUGACCCACUCAUUGCUCUGAAAUUCUCUUGUGUGAACCUGAACCAGACUCAGCAUGCUGAACCUUGACCUACUCAGCUCCACCCAGACCCCUAGCUCUGGAGGAAAGCCAAAAGAGCUAUAGGCAAGGUCAUCAGUCCUGGGCUGUAGUGUGCCUCCUCCUGUCUCAUGGUGACUCAAAGCAAGCUCCUUGACCUGUCUUCACCUGUGAAAUGGGGCAGGGGAGGGUGUGGCAGGUGUGAUGGGAAUUCAGGAAGAUGCCUCAUGAGAUGAUAAAAACCAACCCACUCACAGUGGGCCUCUUCGACCCACCAGGGCACGCCCCGUUUGUGUCAUUUUCCCAUCCCAGUUCUUCCCUCCACGGAUUGAGUGUUAUUAAGGCCUAAACACUCCACAGUCAACAACUGAUAGAGUAAGUUUUUCCGUUACCCUGAAUCCCUCCUCCGGCUCACCUGCAAGAUCGGCAGCAUCCACAGAUGUCUUUUGUAUGAUUAGAAAGGAAAUCAGAAACAGGCUGUGCCCUGCCGGGGCGCUGCACUCCGAAACUCAGACGCCAGCUCUGUUAUCUGUACCCUUCCCCCACCGUGCUAUUUUCUUUGGAUUAGAGAUGCUUUUACCUGGAAACUCCACUUUAAUUUUUUUUUUUAAGUCAAACUCCCUGAGCUACUUUGAAGAUUUCCACCAGGGUGGGACUGUCUAGGCAGGGUGGUGGUUGCGCUUUUCUCGGCUACCAACAGGGUACAUUAUCACAGCUGUCCUGUGAAAGGCACUACAUACUUGGUGCACAUGUGUUUAUAGGGCUGAUGCCACAAGAAAAAAAAAAAAGGCAUCCUGAUUGCAGGACAAGGGACAGGAUUCGACACAGAGCUUCAGUUUAAAUUUGUCUAAGGAGUCAGGGCUAAGCAAUGCCUGGCAACUGUCAGAAGUAAAUGGUUACAAGGCGAACAGCCAUUCCCAAUUACUAGCAGGGGCAGCUGGAGUUGGCAUGGAAUUCAGCAGCAACAGGAGCUGUAGGACACAUGUUCUCCUUGGAUAGUGCCAUGGGCCAUUCCAAGGACCUCUGGGCACCUCUGGACAAGUGACUUCAUGGGAAGGUUCACACCACAAGCAUCACUGAGCAUGGCUGGCAUAUUUGGGAGGCUGUGUCUGGCAGAGGUUGGCCACCGUCUCGAUGCCAGCAGUCUCUCAUGACUCCAAACCUCAAAUCUGCUCUAAGCAGAAGGGAAAAGUCGGCUUGUGAGCUGAGCUUUUUGGUCCAACUGUGCUUCAGAUAAACACAGCCCGUGGCUAUUUCAGGUCUCGGUUUUAGGGAGCAGCUGUGAGGUUAUGGAAAGAGCCAAGGGGAGAACCUUGACCCAAGUGGCUGUUUCUCUGAGUGCUGGGAGAGAGGAAGCUGGGGCAUGGCCCCUCAGAGGUCAGGAGGACAUCACGGGGCUGUCCCACUGACGGGGUACAGAUGUCUCAAUUCUGGGAACCCUCUUUGCCAAGUUCUGACUCUCUAAAAAAUGGAUGUUUGAAGUUUGGAGUAAAAAAUGCUACCCUGUGAAAAGAGAGCAUUUUAUUGCAUUGAUACCUGGUGGUCUCAAAGCAGAAUAUGGGGGCCAGCAAGACGGCUAAACACUUGCCACCAAGCCUGAAGGUCGGAGUUUAGUCCCUGGGAUCCACAUGGUGGCGAGAGCCAAUUCCUUCAGUUGUUCUCUGACCUCCACACAUGUGCUUCGCCACACAUGUAAAAUAAAUAAGUAAAAUGUAAAACAAAGAAAGCUCAUUUUAAAAAAAUCAGAAUAGGGAUCUCUAAAGGUCCACCUACCCUGCAUUUUAUUGAAAUAUAUGUCUAUUACAGGAAGCCAGAUACCUAUCUGUGACUGAUAUCCAAUCUCCCCAAAUUGCCCUCUGUCCUUCUGGGGUCACUCCAGGAGAUGCUGAAUCCUGCCCGACAUGUGGGCAUGUCCCUUGCCUAAACAUCAUCUCACAGGGACACAAAUCUCACAGUCACGUCACGGCCUUCAACGCUGGGACACAAGCAGUUCAAUAUCUAUAAAGCAAGCUUAGAUAACUUCCCCCAGUGGAUUCUUACAAGUUAAACACCCAAGGUGUAAUGUGCUGCUCAGUGGCCUGGUAUGAAUAUGGUCUAGUUAAUCCCCAACACCACACACAAAAAACGACUGAACACUGAAGUCCCUUUAGUGUCCCUCAAACCCUAGCCUAUCCAUAGAAGUAGAGGGAAGCCAGCACACAAAACAAAUCCCCACCUUCUUCCUGAGGAAGCUCCCACUGCAUCCAGCUGUGGGCGCCAUCAUGGAUCUAGGGUGUGGUAUGGGCUGUCUGGGACCCGAGGGAUGGAGAACCACAAUGACAGAGAGAGUCUUCACCUUCAGAACAUGCAUGGUCCGUGGAGGGGAGGAGCAGAUCAAUUAAUCUGUGAGACGAAUAGUUAUGAAGGAUCCUGUGUGGGAGUUUGGAGGGAAGUGCCCACUAACCACAAAGUUAGGCUUCUCAAAAAUAUUAACCUUCCUGGAUCCUGAGAGAAAAAGACAGUGGGCAAUGAAGAAAGUUGCUCCCAGAAAGGAAGAAGCUCACCCAUGCAAAGGACCUGUGGCAAAUCCAUCUUAAAUAUGGAUGGGGGUUGCAGCUCCUUUAGUAUGCCAGGCAAAUAACUAUGGCAGACCCUUGACUCAGCAAACCUCACUCCCCGAGACCUGCAGGCAAAUAUCUCUCUCUAUCUAUCUAUCUAUCUAUCUCUCUCUCUCCCUCCCUCCCUCCCUCCCUCCCUCCCUCCCUCUCUCUCUCAUGGAAAACUCCUGGAAAAACCAGUACACAGAGAAUGUAGGGGCUCUUUUCCAGUAGAACCACCAGGUUUGCCCUGGCUGAAAAUCGGAAAGCAUUGGUUAUCUUGUAGCCUGCAUUUGUUGUCAAAGCUUUCUACAAUAUUAUAGUGAGAUGCCUGUACAGGAAAAAAAAAAUCUAAUUUAUUUCUCAUUGUCCAUUCUCUCAAACAUGAGGUGUUUAAUCCGAAAGAAUAGCCAAGGGCUUGAGAAGGCUUAGUAAGAAAAUUGUAGGAAAGGCAAUUCUGUGCAAUUAAGAGUAGAAAAACUGUUAUAGCAAGGAAACAUUGUACAAUAUAUUUAGGGGGGGAAGGAGUUUUAUCUUGCAAAACAAUACAGCAGUGAACUGCAUGCAUCACUACAAUGCCCCCCUGGUUGCCUUCCAUGCCAGAGAGGAAGGGGCAGUAGCUGUUUCUGCCAGGACAAGUGUGCAGCCAAUGGUGUUUGGUGAUUAUUGCAAAUUAAACAGCCCAGGAAGCAGAGGGGAGAGCAGAUAAAUCGAAGGACUUGGACUACACUUUUACAGCCUGCCGGCGCUUACCAACUUAACUUACUAGGUCUGGGGGAAAGUGUGUCUCAGUAAAUAAAAGAAAGCUGCUGCUAUUCCAGCACGAACCCUGACAUUUGCUGGCCUGAUGCAGCUUUUCUGCCUGUCUCUUCCUCAGAGCUGCUGAAUAUACAAACACACGACUUCCAUGCUGCCAGAGAUGUAGAUGUGGGCUGCCUGGCUGGUUUUAGCUGCCAUUAUGCUCCCAUAACCUUUGAUAUGUAACAUUCCCAGGAGGUACAGCAGUUCCUUACUGCCCAGCGAUCGAGAGCUAUGCCCACCAGUUUCAGGUUUGGUCUUUGGUCGGUGGAGUUGAUAAUCAUGUUUCCUUCAGUUAGUGUAAAUCACGCUAAGAGUCUGGUAUGUGCUCUAUGCUCUAUAAGGGAGAAUUCUCUCCCAUGUGAAAAUAAAGUAUCCAUGUGUGUGCAUUGUUGUACUUGAAUUGUGUGCACCAUUGUGUAUUAAUGCAUAUAGGCCACACUCAGACAUCUGCAAUGGCUUUGAAGCAUCUGAUUCCAUUUAAAUGGACUCCAUGCCCUUGGCAUGUGCUAUGUAAGUGUUUAUGAAUUUUCUAUGCAGCACUUUUACAGGUCCAUUUGUUUAUGAUGUGACAUGGUAGACAAUCGUGUUGGUUUAUGUUCUUCUUGUUUUUCAAGAAAGUAAAUGUACAUACUACUAAGCAAAUGAAUAAAUUAUUAAAAUAUAGGCUUUAUGGAUCAUGCCCACUGUUGAAAAUAAAUCUAUCUUAUUUGUUUCAUAAUGUGUCUGUCAUGAUGAUGAAAAUUUAUAUGGCCCUUAUACAUAUUGACACCAUGUAUUUAAGCUUUGUUCAAUAUUGAUGAGUGUUCCCUAAUAAAAUAUUUUAAACGUCUUUCUCUAAA